AUGAGCAAGAUACCAGAUGCCUGGGAGGACGAAUGGUCGUCCGUCGCAGAUAAACAGCCGACCCCUCCAAACGAGUCCGGAGAACCGAAAAAGGUCUCUUCCCGAGUGACUAAAGCCCAGCGAAGGGCACAGCAAGCCGAGUUCAACAGACAACUCUGGGCUGAAGCCGAAGGACCCAAAGAAACCAACUACUUCCUCGAAUCCCGCAAUGUCGUGCCCCUCCGCUCCGAGUUCAAACCUCCCCCAAUCCUUCUGUCCAGGAAAGGUCCCAUAAUCCAAUCCCCUAAGCUGUCGACAAGUGGCAUGCAAGACUUGAGCCUCAGCAACGACAACAAGAAUGCCGAGUCAUCUGAAGACGAAGAUGAGAUCAAAGCUAGAGAGCUCUCGCUCGCGGAACGCCAGGCCCAAGCUGCCCGGGACCGCGAAGAGAAACAACGGAAAUACGAAGAGCGGAGACAAGAGCUCUUUGGUCCCCCAAGCAACAGCAACUCCUCCUCACAGCAGGCAAAUAACUAUAAGUCAGAUACACCCAGUCCCGCGAGCCUCACGCCACCGGGUUCGCGAUCGGCCACGCCUAAUCGAGGACGAGGUAAAGGCGGCCGUCGUGGCGCCGCCAAUACCAACAACUUGAACCCUCGAACACCGUCUCGAGGAUCCCAGCACCGAGAACUGUAUGAUCCCUCCUACGUUGCAAAGCCGGAUUCCGUACACGUCCCGCGCCGCGAGAAUGGGAGUUCGAAUCCUCGGACGCCUGAGAUCCAACCUGUUCGAGUACCGAGAGGUCCCGAUGGUUCCGGGAGAGGCGGCUUUGGAUUCGCCAUCCCCAAUCCCAACCCACGGCCCGUUCGUGGUGAUCCCGAAAGUACAGAAAACGCCCCGGCUCUCACUGACGACUCGUCGACAUGA